UAAUUCAGUUCAGCUCAAUUCAAUAAAUCAGAACAAGCCCUCGAUGGCAUGAUCGAUGAGAUGAAUUUUUCAUCAUGGCAGAGUGAUUUCCAUUAUAGGAAAACUUUUGGUUUUGGGCAAUGGCUUGAUUGGCUUCAACUUACAUAGGGAUAUAAUAAAGUUCAUUGUAUGUACACAUCAAUUUGUUCUUGAAGCUGGCUUUUUAAGCCUAAUUAAAUAAUCCAUCACAACCAACUUAAGUUGAUUUCUACUCUAUAGAUAAGAUAGGCCGCGGUGGGAAAUGAAGAAUAAUGAGUGAAGCUAAUAAGGAAUCGAGUGCUGACCAAGUGAAACCACAGAGGUGUAUGAGCCAUUGAAAGAUGACAUAUGCUGAGCUCCACUCAUUAUAGAGUGAUCGUUGUUGUAUGAGCCAUUGAAAGAUGACAUAGCCUAAUUAAAGAGUGAUCGUUGUUGUAUUUGUUGAAUUUAGGGUUGAGUAGAAAGGGUUUAAGGUUUAUGAGCGGUUGGAGGUUUUCCGGGGAGGGGAGGGGUGGUGGAGGUGCGACGGGCUCCGGGGGAUGCCGAAAAGAUGGUGGCUGGGCGGUGGGGUAGCUGGAGAACUUGGAAAGUGAAGGAAAAGGGGGUUGUGGGGUGGUGUUGGUGGUGGUGCUAUGGUGAUGGUGAUUCCCUUUUUUGGUUUUUGUAAACCAAACAACAUGCUAUAUGGAAUGGGUUUCAUUCCAUUCUCUUUGAAUCCCUUUGUUCAUUCCAUUCUUUUUACCCUUUGCGAACCAAACGGCCCCUAAUUAAUUCGGAGUAAUUACUUCAUAUACAAGAUCUCAAUAAUUAUCAACAAUGAGAGAGAGUAGUGGGUCAAACAAAAAAAAAAAAAAACAAUGAGAGAGAGAGAAGAAAAAAAAAAAAAAGACAAAUGAAUCUACUGACUUGUAAAAUAAUAAAAAUCGAAGUAAUGAUCACCCUACCCAUGCAGCACUAAUUAAAUGGCAGCUGGACCUUGACAAUUAUAAUACAGUAUAUAUAGUUUGUAUAUAAAAAUAUAAGCAAGCAAAAAUAGAUCCGAUCUUCUGUAAACAUUAAUUUGUGAUACAGGGGAAAUCUCAUCGGAGAAAUCAAGUUAUACAAUCAAUAUGUCUAAGCCAAGAUUGGAAGGCAAGGUUGUUUUGAUCACCGGAGCAGCGAGUGGUAUAGGCGAGGAGGCGGCAAAACUAUUCGCAGAGAAUGGGGCGUUGGUAGUGGUUGCAGACAUCCAAGAUGAAAUAGGGCAACAAGUGGUAGCAUCCAUAGGCUUAGACAAAGCCAGUUACUACCAUUGUGAUGUUAGAGACGAGAAACAAGUUGAAGAAGCUGUUGCUUACACCUUACUUAAACAUGGCACCCUUGACAUCCUAUUUAGCAACGCCGGUGUCAUUGGCCCACUGUCCACCGUCCUUGACUUGGAUUUGGCCCAUUUAGACAACACCUUUGCCAUCAACGUCCGAGGGGUGGCUGCUACCAUCAAGCAUGCGGGGCGGGCCAUGGUGAGCCGAAAGAUCCGUGGAUCAAUAAUAUGCACAGCUAGUGUGUCGGGGUCCAUAGCCGGCGUAGGGCCAAUGACGUACACGGCCUCAAAGCACGCGGUGGUGGGGCUGGUAAAAGCGGCAAGCAGUGAGCUGGGUGCACAUGGGAUCCGUGUGAAUUGCAUAUCUCCUUUUGGAGUAGCAACUCCCUUGGCUUGCAAUACAUACAACAUGGAACCAAGUCAACUUGAGCAGAGCUGUGCAACAAUAACUAGCUUAAAGGGGAUUGUCUUGAAGGCAAGCCACGUUGCUCAGACUGCUCUAUUCUUUGCUUCCGAUGAAUCCGCCUUUAUCAACGGCCAUAACUUGGUGUUAGAUGGCGGAUUCACCGUUAGUAGUCACAAUCCUGCUCCUCCUAAUUAAUUAAUAAUUCAUGUUUCUGCCAUCUAAAUAAAUCCUUUCUUCACUAUAUUAUUCGUAUUUUGUCGUUGUACUAUCAA